UCCCGGCCAUGAUCACGUCGUACCCCAACACCACGCUGGCCACGCAGGGCAGUGAGAAGAGGAUGAGCUGCACGGCCCACGGGGAGAAGCCCAUCAUGGUGCGCUGGGAGAAGGAGGAGCGCAUCAUCAACCCGGAGAGCAGCCACCGCUACGUGGUCACCGUCAAAGAGGUGGCCGACGAGGUCAUCUCCACCCUGCAGGUACACAGACACACCAGUGGAGUGGUGCUGCCCUCUUCCCAGUUACAGUUACCUCAGCUGAGGCCAGGUGGAGAGCUACUGGGUAUGCAGGGCUUUUGCUUGGAGCAAAGCGUUGUAGCAGAAGCCUGCACUAAAUUUGUCCGUUUGUAGACCGGUAUGAUGAUGGCUCAUCAUGAGUCCUGUCUGUGAAUGAUUUAGCCCAGAAUGUGUAUUUUCCAUGCACAUCCUCAUCUAUGUAGCUGACCCUCUUUUUCCUUUUCCCAUAGAUCCGGCCUACAGUGAGGGAAGACUCUGGCUUCUUCUCCUGCCAUGCCAUCAACUCCUAUGGUGAAGACAGAGGGAUCAUUCAGCUAACAGUGCAAGGUACAGCUGCACACCACUGACAAUUGUCAUGAAAACAAAAUGAAAUACAAAAUUGAACCCCCCAAUUAGGGUAAUAAUGCAAAAUAAGCACCCUAGCGUUGUAUAACCAUGUAUGUGACUUUAUGGUGUCCCUCAGAGCCCCCGGACCCUCCUGAGGUGGAGAUCAGAGAGGUGAAGGACAGGACUAUUGCCCUCCGCUGGACCAUGGGCUUCGAUGGAAACAGCCCAAUCACAGGCUUCGACAUUGAGUGCAAGAACAAAUCAGGUACAAGACAAACAAGAGUUCUCUUUGUAAGAGAUGAUAUGUUCUGGAUGCCAGCGGUACAGUAAGCCUACAUGGCGCAUACCACUGUAUGGACAGAAUACAAAUAUUUUCACUUCCUGUGUAUUUCUAAGGUCUAUCCUGGUGAAAUGCUUCUAUGUAUCCUCAUGUUAAGCUGGAUGGGCUCCUCCUGUCUUCCAGAGAAUGAUUAUACAUGAUAUUUUUCUCAGUUCUAUAAUUCAAUACAGCAGACUAAUGCACUUAGCAGGCUUUGACCUUUAGCCCCACUUAGUGGUCCUCACUAACCCCCAUAAACCUUGACCCUUGACCCCGGCCCCACAGGCUCCUGGGAAAUGGCCCAAAGGACCAAAGACGUGUCUCCCCAGCUCAACCAGGCCACCAUCAUAGACCUGCACCCCUCCUCCACCUACAACAUCCGCAUGUUUGCCAAGAACCACAUCGGCAAGAGUGAGGCUAGCAACGAACUCACCAUCACCACAGACGAAGCAGGUAUUAGACCCACCACUGGUUAAAUGUAUGCACACAGAGCAUGCAGACACAGACAUACAACAACAAGGCAAGCACACAGACAUGCGUAGCUAUACUGUACAUACACAUUUAGACUGAUGCACUUCAUAUAUACAAUGGCAAAGCAGGCAAACAGGCAGGAUGAUGAACUGCAAAAGGAAAGACCUACAUACGUGACUGACUUACAUACGUGACUAGGAUGAAAGAGGUAGAAAAGAGGGUAAUGGGGAUGAGGAAGUCAAUUCAUUAACAGCAGAGUGACAUCAGCUCUGUUGCAUUAUUGAACACAUGCUGACCCUGCACUAAAAGUGGGACUUUUCAAUUAGCAGACCAUGUUGUAAAUGUCACACUGUGGUCAAUAGAUCACUGGCCGGCCCCUCUGCAAAUUGCUCCUGUUCCCUUUGGUGGUUCCUCCCAAUCCCCACACUGCACUUCUCUCUCUCACUUCUCUUCUGACUCUGUCCCCCAUGACCUCUCGUAAACAUGACCUCCAUCUUUAUUAUUGUUCAAGUGGGCUGGGUCAUCUGAGACCAAAUAAUCUGGUCUACCCAUAGAUACAGUAGAACUUUAGCCUUCCAUGUCUCAGGAUCUUUGCCUUAACCUUGGAAUAACCUUCAGAAUACACUGACUGGAUAGUUUAAUUCCUUUGCAGACUAAUUUCUGCCUUCCUGUACCUCGUCUACUCAACUGACAGUAGCUCAGAUCUGAAUGACCUUGAUGUAUGUUCUUCCUUCUAGCUCCUGAUGGUCCCCCACAAGAUGUGCAGCUUGAAGCUUUCUCCUCUCAGAGCAUCAGAGUCUCCUGGAGGGUAAGAUAUGUUUAAUCAAUUCCAUCAAGACUGAGAAGAACUUACUGUAGCUCUGUGGUCUACUACCUGCAUGGUCUGUUACAGUUCAGGUCAUUGAGGGCCACAACCAUUCUUCUGUCCUCAAGAAGAUGUCCCCCAAUAUCUAAAUGUACGUUCCCUUCUCCUCCCUCUUCCCUCCCUCUCUCCGUCUUCCACCAGGCCCCUAAGAAGCACCUCCAGAACGGGGCGAUCCGGGGCUACCAGGUGGGCUACAGGGAGUUCAGCACCGGGGGGAACUACCAGUUCAACGUCAUCACCAUGGAGUCGACGGGGGACAAUGACCACAGUGAGAGUGUCACCCUGGACAACUUGAAGAAGUUCACCCAGUAUGGGGUGGUGGUGCAGGCCAGCAACAGCGCUGGGACAGGACCCUCCUCCCAGGAGGUCAUCUCUACCACGCUGGAGGACGGUGAGGACACACACACAGUCUGCCUUUAGCUAUCAGUAACAAUAUCGUGGACAGUUAAAAUCUUACUGAUUUCAAACAUUUCUUUAGCUGAAUUAGGGUAUUCUACAGUAUUGUGGUGCAUCAAGGGUCAAAUGACUGAUGUUUUGUCUCUGAAGGGAGUGAACUCCCAGGAUGGAGCUUUAUCGACAUCUCAUGGAUGGUGUUGGUACUGCUGGUGUAGUGACAGCUGAUGUUCAGUAUUGUAAUGGCUGGUCAUUUUUGUCAUGGCUAAAAAAAUACCUGAUGAAGGAUAGGUCCCAAAACCCUAAUUUUUUACUUUAAAUAAGCAUUAUGAAGUUCACUUCCAAGAGUAUCUCAAUAUUCUCCUCUCUUCAGUAAACUCUUCUGUACAUUCUACUUGUUUGGAGACUGAGGUAACAAUGUUGUUUUUCCUCCUCCCUGGUUGUGACAGUUCCCAGCCGACCUCCAGAGAACGUCCAGGCCACAGCAGCGUCCCCAGAGAUCAUCUCUCUAUCCUGGCUGACCCCUCCUAAAGACGCCCUCAAUGGCAUCCUGCUCGGCUUCAGGGUCAUCUACUGGGCCAACCUGCCCGACGGAGGUACAGCCCACACACACACACACACACACACACACAGAUGCAUGCAGGCACACACACUCACACACAGAUGCAUGCAGGCACACACACACACACACACACACACACACACACACACACACACAGAUGCAUGCAGGCACACACACACACACACAUACAAAUUCACACACACACACACAAAGAGAGAGAAGGAUGUAGAUGUUACACUGUAUCUGCCCUUGUCCGUAACCUCCAAGACACAUAGAAUGUAUACAGUAUCAACAUGAUUACCUAUGCAUGAUAAUUCUAGUGGAUGAAUGAGACAUAUUAGCUGUGACCCAGGCUUUCUAGUUCAACUCAGACAGCCUGGCAUGGCAUGCAGUCAUCACGUGCUGGAGAGACGUCAGAGUGAUGGCUUCUGACAGCACUGUUACUUUUGACCCCUCAUCUGUCAUAUCACAUCCCCUCUGAUGGACCCUGGAUGCACCAAUUGAAAAGCAGCACUCAAUCUAGUUUGCAUAGUAACAGUACAUGUCAUAGUGGGACACACUCCAAACAAUACUACAGCCAUAGCCAUGUAUUACAUCUACUAUAUACAUAUUUUACAUUUUACAUUUUAGUCAUUUAGCAGACGCUCUUAUCCAGAGCGACUUACAGUUAGUGAGUGCAUACACUUUCACAUAUAGAUAUCUUAUGUACCAUUGACAACAAUUCAUAUGAAUACAGAUCUUAUUCAUUUAAAUGAAAGAUGUCACUCAUUAUAUCAAAUCAAAGUUUAUUGGUCGCACAGUUUAGCAGAUGUUAUAGUGGGUGCAGUGAAAUGCUUCUGUUACUAGCGCCUAAUAGUGCAGUAAAAUGUCUAGCUCCUAACAGUGCAGUAAAAUGUCAAACAAGUACACAAAUAAUCAAAAAAACUAAAAUUAAGAAAUCAAGAAACGUCAGAAGGAAUCCAAUUAACAACCCAAGUAACACUGUAUCAGUAAUCCAAAUGCAAUCUAUAUAUACACUGAAAAUAUAUACUAAGAAUGUGUGAUAUGUGUGAUAGAAAUCACAUCGAUGUAUUUAUUGUCUAAGACACUUGUCUAAACCUUCAGCCAGGGCCUGUUGUGCUCUUCAUUAUAUUCUAAAUAUGAGCAAUAUAAAUGUUGUUGUUGGGAAAAUAUCAAGGGUUGUUUACCUCAUGUACCAGCAGAGGGGGAUAUAGGCCCCUUUUCUAAGAUGGUGGAACAACUGUGUCUUAUCCAUCAACACUGCUCUAAACAUUUUUUUACAUUUUUUACAUUUUUAGUCAUUUAGCAGACGCUCUUAUCCAGAGCGACUUACAGGAGCAAUUAGGGUUAAGUGCCUUGCUCAAGGGCACAUCGACAGAUUUUUCACCUAGGCUCGGGGAUUAGAACCAGCGACCUUUCGGUUACUGGCACAACGCUCUUACCCACUAAGCUACCUUACCCACUAAACAUCUGGCACCACUGCAGUAAUCAAACUCAUCACUCUGUUAUUCUACUCAAACAAUGAUUCCUUUUAUUAUUUGCAUUCUAGCACUCAUCAAUGGUAUAUAUUUAUCAGCCAUUUUAUGGAUUUCAAAUACAGUGCAUUUGGAAAGUAUUCAGACCCCUUGACUUUUUCUAAAUGUUGUUAUGUUACAGCCUUAUUCUAAAAUGGAUUGCAUCGUUUUUCUCCCUCAUCAAUCUACACACAAUACACCAUAAUGAGAAAGCAAAAACAGGUUUUUAGAUUUUUUUGCAAAUGUAUAAAAAAUAAAAAACUGAAAUAUGACAUUUACAGAAGUAUUCAGACCCUUUACUCAGUACUUUGUUGAAGCACCUUUGGCAGCGAUUACAGCCUUGAAUCUUCUUGGGUAUAAUGCUAUUUGAGGAGUUUCUCCCAUUCUUCUCUGCAAAUCCUCUCAUCUCUGUCAGGUUGGAUGGGGAGCGUCGCUGCACAGCUAUUUUCAGUUCUCUCCAGAGAUGCUCGAUUGGGUUCAAGUACGGUCUCUGGCUGGGCCACUCAAGGACAUUUUGAAACUUGUCCCGAAGCCACUCCUGCGUUGUCUUGGCUGUGUGCUUAGGGUCGUUGUCCAGUUGGAAGGUGAACCUUCACCCCAGUCUGAGGUCCUGAGCGCUCUGGAGCAGGUUUUCAUCAAGGAUCUCUCUGUACUUUGUUCCGUUCAUCUUUCCCUCGAUCCUGACUAGUCUCCCAGUACCUGCCGCUGAGAAACAUCCCCACAGCAUGAUGUUGCCAACACCUUGCUUCACCGUAGGUAUAGUGCCAGGUUUCCUCCAGACAUGACACUUGGCAUUCAGGCCAAAGAGUUCAAUCUUGGUUUCUUCAGACCAGAGAAAUCUUAUUUCUCAUGGUCUGAGAGUCCUUUAGUUGCCUUUUGGCAAACUCCAAGCAGGCUGUCAUGUGCCUUUUACUGAGUGGCUUCCGUCUGGCCACUCUACCAUAAAGGCCUGAUUGGUGGAGUGCUGCAGAGAUGGUUGUCCUUCUGGAAGGUUCUCCCAUCUCCACAGAGGAACUCUGGAGCUCUGUCAGAGUGACCGUCGGGUUCUUGGUCACCUCCCUGACCAAUGCCCUUCUCCCCCGAUUGCUCAGUUUGGCCGUGGCCAGCUCUAGGAAGAGUCUUGGUGGUUCCAAACUUCUUCCAUUUAAGAAUGAUGGAGGCUACUGUGUUCUUGGGGACCUUCAAUGCUGCAGAAACAUUUCUGUGCCUCGACACAAUCCUGUCUCGGAGCUCUACAGACAAUUUCUUCAACCUCAUGGCUUGGUUUUUGCUCUGACAUGCACUGUCAACUGUGGGACCUUAUAUAGACAGGUGUGUGCCUUUCCAAAUCAUGUCCAAUCAAUUGAAUUUACCACAGGUGGACUCCAAUCAAGUUGUAGAAACAUCUUAGCAAAUUAAGCUCAAUUUUGAGUAUCAUAGCAAAUGAAUACUUAUGUAAAUAAGAUAUUUCUGUUUUUAUUUGUAAUAUAUUUGCAAAAAUUUCAAAAAACAUGUUUUCACUUUGUCAUUAUGAGGUAUUAUAGGUAGAUUGAUGAGGAUAUUUUUUUUUAAUCCAUUUUAGAAUAAGGCUGUAAUGUAACAAAAUGUGGAAAAAGGGAAAGUGUCUGAAUACUCUCCGAAUGGAUUGUACCUACAGUACAUUGAGUCAGAAUUCGGUGAUUACAACUAUUAGUAUACAGCAUAUAUUUUACUGUACGUUUCCAAAUCACGCUAUUAUGACUCAUAAACCUAUAACUCACUGUUAUAUCCCAGAGAACUGUUCUGAUCAGCCCACAACACAACUAUAAAUGAAGGAGCUAUAGAGCCAUAGAUUAACAGAUUCCAGAGCUCUUCAUAUUCCGUUCCAAGAUAGCGUAGCAGUGCGGUCGUGUUCUCUUGUGUGUCCAUGUAAAUAGCCAGUUUUUUGUAUAUUUUUUUGUAUUUUACGUAUAUAUUUCCCUAUCACACUUUUCAUCCUUCUACUAAAUAUACUUUCCUGCAACCCGCCUCACUCAAUGCGGAACGGAUUCUAUUAUUUACUCACCUUUAUCUAGAAUCUCCAGUUGAAACUAGCCAGCCAGCUAACUAGCUACUUGCUAUUAGCCGCCGUUAGCGGUUUUCACCCAGAACAUCGGAUUUUCUGCCGGAAUAACUGAAUCACUGGACCAUAACACCGGAUCUAGCUAGCCGCAACCGGAUGGAUGUCGAAUGGAUGUUGCUGUAGGAUAAUCACCACUGCCCCCGUAGCACCAGUUAGCCUUGAGCUAGCCCCAGCUAUCUACCUCUCUGUCUACCGGACGGGAGUAGCCAGCUAACCAGCUAACUAGCUACUUGCUAUUAGCCACCGUUAGCGGCUUUUCUCCAUUGUCCGUGGCCUGCACUACCUACCAGCCAGCUCUAGCCUGGACUAUUAUCGGCCAGUCUGCACUGUCUGCACAGCGAGUUAUCGACCCAGAACCUAUCGGAUUUUCUGCCGGAAUCACUGAAUCACUGGACCAUUAACACUGGAUAAUCGCAACUAGCUAGCUGCAACCAAAUUAACGUUGUUGUUGGCUAAUCAGCCUUGAGCUAGCCUUGAGUCAGGCACAUCUCCCAGCUAUCUACCUCUCUGUCAACCGGACGGGACCUCCUAGAGUCGACACAGAGCCCUGCCGAUCCAUCACGACUGGUCUGCCGACGUAAUCGUCUGUGGUUUCAACAGGCUUCCCGUUGCGACGACCACAAAGAUCCAUUUGCUAGCCCCGGCCCGCUAGCACAAGCAAACUACAACGUGCUUCCUUCUCGCUGUGCUGAAGCACAAAUUUGAACUGCUCUUGGACUCACAUAUUGCUGUUCACUGGACCUUAUGAUCACUCAGCUGCACAGCUGAUGCCUGCUGGACUGUUCCUUUACACGGUAAAGAACUGCCAAAAGGGGUGGAGUUGCAAUCUACUGUAGAGAUAGCCUGCAGAGCUCUAUCAUACUAUCCAGGUCUGUGCCCAAACAGUUUGAGCUUCUACUUCUAAAAAUCCACCUUUCCAGAAAUAAGUCUCUCACUGUUGCCGCUUGCUACAGACCCCCCUCAGCCCCCAGCUGUGCCCUGGACACCAUAUGUGAAUUGAUUGCCCUCCAUUUAUCCUCAGAGUUCGUACUGCUUGGUGACCUAAAUUGGGAUAUGCUUAACACCCCGGCCAUCCUACAAUCCAAACUAGAUGCCCUCAAUCUCACACAAAUUAUCAACGAACCUAAAUCCGUAAACAUGGGUACCCUCAUAGAUAUCAUCCUGACUAACUUACCCUCUAAAUAUACCUCCGCUGUCUUCAACCAGGAUCUCAGCGAUCACUGCCUUAUUGCCUGCGUCCGUAACGGGUCUGCGGUCAAACGACCACCCCUCAUCACUGUCAAACGCUCCCUAAAACACUUUAGCGAGCAGGCCUUCCUAAUUGACCUGGCCCAGGUAUCCUGGAUGGAUAUAGAUCUCAUUCCGUCAGUAGAGGAUGCCUGGUUGUUCUUUAAAAGUAAUUUCCUCUUAAUCUUAAAUAAACCAGCACAAAAACAUCCUGUGGCGUACUGCAUUAGCAUCAAAUAGCCCCCUCGAUAUUCAACUUUUCAGGGAAGUUAGGAACCAAUAUACACAAGCAGUUAGGAAAGCAAAGGCUAACUUUUUCAAACAGAAAUGUGCAUCCUGUAGCACUAACUCCAAAAAGUUUUGGGACACUGUAAAGUCCAUGGAGAAUAAGAGCACUUCCUCCCAGCUGCCCACUGCAUUGAGGCUAGGAAACACUAUCACCACCGAUAAAUCUACAAUAAUUGAGAAUUUCAACAAGCAUUUUGCUACAGCUGGCCAUGCUUUCCACCUGGCUACCACUACCCCGGCCACCAGCUCUGCACCCUCCGCUGCAACUUGCCCAUGCCCCCACCGCUUCUCCUUCACACAAAUUCAGACAGCUGAUGUUCUGAAAGAGCUGCAAAAUCUGGACCCCUACAAAUCAUCUGGGCUAGACAAUCUGGACCCUUUCUUUCUAAAACUAGCCGCCGAAAUUGUCGUAACCCCUAUUACUAGCCUGUUCAACCUCUCUUUCGUAACGUCUGAAAUCCCCAGAGAUUGGAAAGCUGCCGCAGUCAUCCCCCUCUUCAAAGGGGGUGACACUCUAGGUCCAAACUGUUACAGACCUAUAUCCAUCCUGCCCUGCCUUUCGAAUGUUUUUGAAAGCCAAGUUAACAAACAGAUCACCGACCAUUUCGAAUCCCACCGUACCUUCUCCGUUAUGCAAUCCGGUUUCCGAGCUGGUCAUGGGUGCACCUCAGCCACACUCAAGGUCCUAAACGAUAUUAUAACCGCGAUUGAUAAUAGACAGUACUGUGCAGCCGUCUUCAUCGACCUGGCCAAGGCUUUUGACUCUGUCAACCACCGCAUUCUUAUUGGCAGACUAAAUAGCCUUGGUUUCUCAAAUGACUGCCUCGCCUGGUUCACCAACUACUUCUCAGAUAGAGUUCAAUGUGUCAAAUCGGAGGGCCUGUUGUCUGGACCUAUGGCAGUCUCUAUGGGGGUGCCACAGGGUUCAAUUCUUGGGCCAACUAUUUUCUCUGUGUAUAUCAAUGAUGUCGAUCUUGCUGCUGGUGACUCUCAGAACCACCUCUACGCAGACGACACCAUUUUGUAUACAUCUGGCCCUUCAUUGGACACUGUGUUAACAAACCUCCAAACGAGCUUCAAUGCCAUACAACACUCCUUCAGUAGCCUCCAACUGCUCUUAAACGCUAGUAAAACUAAAUGCAUGCUCUUCAAUCGAACGCUGUUGGCACCCGCCCACCCGACUAGAAUCACUACUCUCGACGGGUCUGACCUAGAGUAUGUGGACAACUACAAAUACCUAGGUGUCUGGUUAGACUGUAAACUCUGCUUCCAGACUCACAUUAAGAAUCUCCAAUCCAAAGUUAAAUCUAGAAUCGGCCUCCUAUUUUGCAACAAAGCCUCCUUCACUCAUGCUGCCAAACAUGCCCUCGUAAAACUGACUAUCCUACCGAUCCUUGACUUCGGCGAUGUCAUUUACAAAAUAGCCUCCAACACUCUACUCAGCAAAUUGGAUGUAGUCUAUCACAGUGCCAUCCGUUUUGUCACCAAAGCCCCAUAUACUACCCACAACUGUGACCUGUACGCUCUUGUUGGCUGAUCCUCACUACAUAUUCGUCGCCAAACCCACUGGCUCCAGGCCAUCUAUAAAUCACUGCUAGGCAAAUCCCCGCCUUAUCUUAGCUCAUUGGUCACCAUAGCAACACCCACCCGUAGUAUGCGCUCCAGCAGGUAUAUCUCACUGGUCAUCCCCAAAGCCAACAUCUCCUUUGGCUGCCAUUCCUUCCAGUUCUCUGCUGCCAAUGACUGGAACGAAUUGCAAAAAUCUCUGAAGCUGGAGACUCUUAUCUCCCUCACUGACUUUAAGCAUCAGUUGUCAGAGCACCUUACCGAUCACUGCACCUGUACAUAGCCCAUCUGAAAUUAGCCCACCCAACUACCUCAUCCCCAUAUUGUUAUUUAUUUUGCUCAUUUGCACCCCAGUAUCUCUAUUUGCACAUCAUCUCUUGCACAUCUAUCAUUCCAGUGUUAAUACUAAUUGUAAUUAUUUUGCACUUUGGCCUAUUUAUUACCUUACCUUCAUAACUUGCUACAUUUGCACACACUUUAUAUAUAUUUUCUGUUGUAUUUUUGACUUUAUGUUUUGUUUUACCCCAUAUGUAACUCUGUGUUGUUGUUUUUAUCACACUGCUUUGCUUUAUCUUGGCCAGGUCGCAGUUGUAAAUGAGAACUUGUUCUCAACUGGCUUACCUGGUUAAAUAAAGGUGAAAUAAAUAAAUAAAUAACAAAUAUGCUAUGGCUGCUUUGGAACAGUUCAGUGUUUGAAUGGUUACAUUAGAAGAGAGGGAGGAGAAGGAGAUGUACUAACAGGGAGGAUGGAGCAUUAACAGACUGUGGCUCUAAUCCAGACUGCAGUAGAGGAGGGAAAGAGAGAAAUAGAGAGAGGGAGAGACAUCCAUUAUUCAACACUUAGAGAAGCAUCGUCAGAGUCGAGGACAGACACACCAGAACAGACCAAGGAUGGGAUUUUUAAUCCUGUAUUUGUGUCCAUGGUUUGAUUUAAUAAGUUGUUAUGUAUGACAUCCUUGGACAUCUUAUUUUCUGUAUGUGAUAUACUAUACAAGUAUACACUGAGUGUACAAAACAUUAAGAACCUUCUUAAUAUUGAGUUGCACCCCCUUUUGCCCUCAGAACAGCCUCAAUUCAUCAGGGCAUGGACUCUACAAGGUGUCAAAAGCAUUCCACAGGGAUGCUGGCACAUGUUGACUGUUGUAAGUAACAUCAAACUUUCCAGGACAUAGACAUGUCUUAUAUGGGCAGAAAGCUUAAAUUCUUGUUAAUCUAACUGCACUGUCCAGUUUACAGUAGCUAUUACAGUGAUACCAUGCUAUUGUUUGAGGAGAGUGCACAACAACAAAAAAUGUAUCACGGCAACUGGUUUGAUACAUUCACCUCUGAAGGUAAAUAAUGUACUUACAUUCAGUAAUCUUGCUCUGAUUUGUCAUCCUAAGGGUCCCAGAGAUAAAAUGUAGCAUAGUUUUGUUUGAUAAAAUCAAUUUUUAUAUUCAAAUGUAGGAACUGGGUUCUACAGUUUGAACCCCUGCUGUCUCUGGCUCCACACCCACCCCGCCCGGCCAUCUAGAUGUGUGAAAGUUAGUGUAUAAACUAAUUAUCCAUCAUGUAUGAUAUUCCUGGAAGUGUGUAAACUUACAUUUUGUUUUACCAUAUCAUUUUUGUAUGUUCUCUAUAGUUAUGUACUUGAAAAUGUAUAAAUGUACCAAUUCGGCACAUUUGGGCAGACUUUAUACAAAAUAAUCCAGUAUUGCAAUGCUUCACUGAAUCAAUCUGAAACUUUGCACACACACUGCUGCUAUGUAGUGGCCAAAAUCUAAAUUACGCCUAAACUGCAAUAUUAUACUGUGGCCUUUCUCUUCCAUUUCAAAGAUGAUGGAAUAAAAAACGCAUGUUUUUUUGUUUGUAUUAUUUACCAGAUCUAAUAUGUUAUAUUCUCCUACAUUAAUUUCACAUUUCCACAAAGUGUUUCCUUUCAUAUGGUAUCAAUAAUAUGCAUAUCAUUGCUUCAGGUCCUGAGCUACAGGCAGUUCGAUUUGGGUAUGUCAUUUUAGUUGAAAAUUGAAAAAAAGGGUCCGAUCCUUAAGAGGUUAACAUGUCUCCUCUCCUUCAUCUACACUAAUUGAAAUGGAUUUAACAAGUGACAUCAAUAAGGGAUCAUAGCUUUCACCUGGAUUCACCUGGUCAGUCUAUGUCAUGGAAAGAGCAGGUGUUCUUAAUGUUUUGUAUUUACCUGUAGCGCACAAGCAACUUUUCUUCUAAGUUAGUUGACAUUUACAGUAAUUCUGCAUUUGACAUCCUUGUUGUUUUCCCUCCCUUCUUCCCUGUCUCUUUUCCUUGCUCCCUACUUCUCUUUCUGCCUUACUUCGACCCUUAUUUCCUUUCCUUGCCCUCUAUCCCCUCCUCUCCUUCUCCUAUCUCAGAGCUGGGGGAGAUCCGUAACGUGACCACCUCUAAGCCAUCUCUGGAGCUGGAUGGUCUGGAGAAGUACACCAACUACAGCAUCCAGGUGCUGACCUUCACCCGGGCCGGGGACGGGGUGCGCAGCGAGCAGAUUUUCACCCGCACCAAGGAGGACGGUACGAACACCAGUAGACCAGGAGACUUCUCAAGCACUGAUCUAGGAUUAGCUUACGCUCCCUAAAUUCUAACCUUAACUAUUAGGGGGAAGAUGCAAAACUGAACUUACAUCAGUCUGUAGGGGAAACUGCAUCAUACUAAUCAUACUAGAGGUCAGGGGUCAACUGUGGUAGGUCAACCGUGCCUAGAUUUACAUAUCCCCUCUUGCAUUAUGGAAGAGCGUUUUGCAAAGUAGAAAUAAUUAUGACAGGACUUCUGUUUGAAUUUGGUGUGAAAUUAUAUACAUUUUUGUUGACAGUUGGUGCAGAUGACUCACAUAAGUAGGUGAAAAACUGCAGCUCUUGCAUAUUGCAGAUCGCUCUGUAGCAUCAGACGUUCAGGCACGCUCACUGGAAUGAAUGAUUUUGACACUGGCAAAACUUAAAUACGGAGUGGUUUCCUUAGAUGAUACACAAAACAAGGAUAAGGGUAAUAAUGUAUAUUUCCUCAAUGUUUUCCCUCACCAGUUCCUGGUCCUCCGGCUGGGGUGAAGGCAGCGGCGGCAUCUAACUCGGUGGUGUUUGUGUCGUGGCUCCCUCCUCUCAAACUCAAUGGCAUCAUCAGGAAAUAUACUGUCUUCUGCUCUAACCCACACCCCACGGUAAAGAGGACACAGAGUACUGGGUUUCACAGUACAGGGAUGAAGGCAUGUCAGUGGUGGGCAUACAGUAUAUUUAAGAGACCAGACAUAAAUUGGAGGAGAGGGAGGCACCAGGUUCAAGGGCUAGACUAGAUAAGAAGCCCGCAUGGCACACAAGGCUACAGGGAGACUGAUGGGGUACUGCUGGCUUAUAAACCCUCUAUCUAACAUUGUCAGGGCUGUGUCAUCAAUGUUCAGCUCCAAGAAUUGAUAGCUUGGUACAGACAUUUGAGUAGGUCCUGUAUUUCUCUGCUAACAUCAUGCCGGUCUCUCCACUCCUACAGGUGAGCAGUGAGUUUGAAGCAGCUCCAGACAUCUUCUUCUACCGUAUCCCCAACCUGAGCAGGAACCGCCAGUACAGCAUCUGGGUGGUGGCCGUCACCGCAGCCGGCCGUGGCAACGCAAGCGACAUCAUCACCAUCAAGCCCUUGGCCGAGGGUAGGUGGAGCUUAUGGUUUCCCUUCUCAUUAUCCUGAAACAGAUGAUAAGAAUAGCUGUCUCAGUCUCUGAAUGUUUUUAGAAGACACAAAAGACAUCAGCUCAUUUUCACUGUGUGCAUAUGUGCUGAUGUGUUUGAGUUGUGUUUUCUGUCAAAGCCUUGAUCAGAACAUUUAAAGGGGUACAACCCUGAGAAACUCUCCCUAUGAGUUGCCUACCUUAGAGCUUAUUCAGAUUGACAAAAGUUGGAAGAGAGGCAUCUGGACGAAUUUAGAAAAGAGGAGACUAUACUAUCUCCUAUCACAGGAUGUGAAUGUAGUUGAAGCGAGCUCAUCAAACUGAAUGCAAACAGGUCUGCUAUUCCACCCUGUCAGCACUGUGCUGAUGGUGAGCAGUGAUAGGCAGUGUAGUGGUUGGAGUCGGGACCUCGCAACAUUAUCUGGACAUUCUCAUCCUGUUAGAGGCAGGGGUGAUAAAUGUGGUUUCCAGUCUGGAGUUCCAGACCUGAUGUGUUUUAAAAAUUAGUUUGCUGCCUGAUCAUCCUCAUCCCAAACAGACCACUUUAUAUCUGUCUAAGCACAGAGAUGGGCUCUGUAUGCCUUAAGGGGUGCAGGUGUAGAGGAAGAGGUGGUGAAUUCAAUAAAGUUGGAUAAGGAAUUAACAGUUUAUACUGCUUUUAUAGAGCUUCCCUUGAAAGUAUUUGGGAUGGAUUUCCACUUUUGGGUCUAUUCCAUUACUUCUGUUGUACCAGGAAAACUAAAUCAAGUCAGCCAAAGUAUUUGACCCAGUUGUGGUGUGUUUGUAUGUGUGCAGCUCCUGCUCAGAUCCUGACAUUCAACGGCACAGUGACCACCCCCUGGAUGAGGGACAUCGUGUUGCCUUGUAAGGCGGUGGGCGACCCAGCCCCCACGGUCAAGUGGCUCAAGGAGACGUGAGUACAGAGUACAACACGUCAUGCUGCAUGUAGGACAGACAGUAGCACUUAGAACAGACCAUGUUUUGAGUCACUUUUAACGCACACUAAAUACCAGUGAAAAAACUGUGGCUCUUUGGAAUGCCAAUUUUCACUGAAGACCCUGUUUGUUUGCAGUAUCCUUUCACACUCAUCAGCAGAAUGUAAAAUAAUCGUGGUUGUUUACAUGUACUGCAUAUUCCUACACACAAGUACUGUAACAUUAUCCAAGACUUUUCAAUGAUUUUCACUGUGGUGUAUCUCACCGUAGUUCAUUGUCUGUCUGUCUUUCGUACAUUUGUCAUUCAGCAAUGGAAGCCCCGCCCCUGCUGUGAUUGACAGUAGACGCAUCGUUCAGGGCAACGGCAGCCUGGUCAUCCGCACGGUGAAAGCUGAGGAUUCUGGGAACUACACCUGUGUGGCUAGCAACAGUUUUGGGCCAGAUAAAAUCAUCCUCAACCUGCAGGUUCAAGGUAAAUGUGUGGUGGAACAAAUCAGUUUACCAGUCUUCAAUUCAGUGAUAGUCAUAAAAAUACUAAAUAGACGUGUAUUCAUGAAGUGAAAGGAUAUCAUCAUGAGUUAGAAGGACUUAAAUAAAAUCCAUAUUUUUACUUCUAGUUCCCCCGGACCAGCCUCGUCUCACCGUUACCAAGACGACCACCACGUCCAUCACUCUGUCCUGGAUACCAGGAGACAACGGAGGUAGCUCCAUCAGAGGUCAGACACCAACACAGCUAGCAGCAACAGUAACUAUUAUAGGAUAUUUUUGUUUUUUUCCUUGGACAACAGCUUACUGACUUGAUUAAAUAGGGUUCCCUAUUAGCAACACCAGGAUGGCUGUUUAGCAGGCAACACUGUAACAUCCUAACCUCUCUCUCACACAUCAGGCUACAUCCUGCAGUACUCAGAGGACAACAGUGAGAAGUGGGGCAACUUUGCCAUCAGCCCUAGUGAGCGUUCCUAUCGACUGGAGAACCUGAAGUGUGGCACCUGGUACAAGUUCACCCUGACUGCCCAGAAUGCCGUGGGGCCAGGGCGCAUCAGUGAGAUCAUCGAAGCUAAGACUCAUGGGAAAGGUAGGGAGAUGUGACAUCCUUUUACAUAUGGUUUUUAUUAAAUAGUGACUCCAUUUCUUUUACUCAAUUAAUGAAAAACUAAUUAUUAUGGAAAGACCUCUCAUUGAAGUGUUUGUGUGGUCUGUCUCCUCUCUCCCCAACAGAACCCCAGUACUCUAAAGAACAGGAGCUCUUCACCAGUAUCAACGCCACUCGUGUCAGGCUCAACCUGAUUGGCUGGAACAACGGCGGCUGUCCAAUCACGUCCUUCACGUUAGAGUACCGUUCGGUGGAGUCUCCCACGUGGACCACGGCCCAGCGCACCUCUCUGACCAAGAGCUACAUCCUGUAUGACCUGGCCGAGGCCACCUGGUACGAACUGCAGAUGAAGGUGUUCAACAGCGCCGGCUCAGCAGAGAAGAGGGUCAAGUUCGCCACUCUGAGCUACGACGGCAGUGAGUUCUCUUGUCUCUUCACUGAUACUAUACAUACUGUAGCAAGUGAUAAGUUGAAGGAUAUACACGCUUAUAGUGACUUAUUCAGGAUAUCUGAAUAAAGAAUGAAGAACUGUAGUUUAAAAGGCAUGUACCUUACCAUCCCUUGAAAAUUGUGUCAAAACUGCCUGAGUCUCCAUCAAAAACUUUUGUUUACAGUAUGUACUAUACCUGCCUUAGAAGAGAAGGAAAUUACUUCAUAUUUAGCUAUUUACUGGUGCUUGGAGCUCUUCCCUCGUCCCUGCCAUUUAAAGUGGCUGUCUCAUGCUAGUCUUUCCCUGGUCCAGGCUUUAAAAGGCUCUAACUGAUGAAUGGGGCAGUUAAGUACCUCAAGUAGAUUUUCUGCUGACUCCAGUGGCCAUGCCGCUGUUUAUGACGCCUCCAUCACGGCCCUAUCGAGCACUCGGCACUGCAUGGUUUAAAUAAUUACAUGAUCUACCGACUGCAGAGGGGCUAGAGGGGGCCAACAGAUAAGCAAUCACCUGCUAGUGCCAGCACCCCCCCCACCCUCCCCCCUAGGGAUUCAAUGGCCUUAUCCAACCGAACCCAAACCUUACACACACACACCACACCACACCCCUUCCCUAGAUCCUGGUCUAUUUGUCCCCCCCACAUACAUCUAACCCCCCAGCCGCCCAGGAAGUGUAAAACAGGGGAGAAAAAGCUUAGUAUUCAGCUAAGAAGGAUGAGUUUAUCUAUUUUAAGUAAUGAAUUCAGUCAACUGGGCAUUACUGCCAGUUUGGCAAAAGGUCAGGGGCUGAUUGCAGCUAGCGCAGUGCUGCAGCAGCUUGUUGGAGCAGAUUGCGUGGGUUUGAUGGGAAAGAUAUUAGGAUUGGAUGCAAGCUGCAGAGGCACUGUUACCUUGUGCCAGGUGCUUGAUCCAUGUUUUAAACAUUAACAAAGGUAAUUUACUAUUUACUAUUCAUCGACAGACACUGCAUAGCAGAGGAAGCUGGUGGGAGUAGCUAUAGGAGGACGGGCUCAUUGUAAUGGCUGGAAUGGAAUGUGGGAACAGUAUCAAAAACAUAAAACAUAUGGAAACCACGUUUGACUCCGUUCCAUUGAUUCCAUUCCAGCCAUUACAAUGAGCCUGUCCUCCUAUAGCUCCUCCCACCAGCCUCCACUGCUGUAUAGGCUUAAUACGUGUUUGUAUUUGGAUGAUUGACAACCUUCUAGUUAUUGUACAAGUAACCUAAUGUAGCAGGCGUAAAAGAAACGCCUGAGUGCGAUGCCACACAUUCUGGUCCUGACGAGAAAAAAUACUGUCAAGGAGGUUCUCUUCUGCAUUAUUCAACCAAUCACUAAAUGUGGAGGAGGAGUUAAGAUAAAGUGUCGCCAAAAGCGGAAGUCGCAUUACAGGCUCUCUUCCAAUUCCCCUGAAAACCUAAUUUACCCAGCCCCGCUGAGGGUGUUGUACAGGCAACCUACAUUAUGUUGUCAUAACACAUGUCAUAACAGUUUGUCAGCUAAUGACAUCUCUAUGACCUGUCUCAAGGUACCAUCGCUCCACUGGUGAAGGCUCCAACUGUGAGUGUGGACAGUACGUCCAGUAACGAGGGUCUGAAGAUGGUGACCAUCAUCUCCUGUGUGCUGGUGGGCAUUGUGCUGGUCUUUGUCCUGCUGCUAGUCCUCAGGAGGAGAAGGAGGGAACAGAGACUGAAGAGGCUCAGAGGUGAGAGGUCACAGCAGCAACAGGGCAACACCUGAUUGGUUAGAUUUCUGUAAGAUUUCUGUAACUAUUGUCUAACUAUUGUCAAGUAUAGUGUGAGUAUCAUCUGUAUGUAGUGUGAUUUUUGUUCUUGUUUGCUCUGUAGAUGCGAAAAGUUUGGCAGAGAUGCUGAUGAGGUAAGCAUGAGCAGUUUGACGUACAGUGAGGGAAAAAAGUAUUUGAUCCCCUGCUGAUUUUGUACGUUUGCCCACUGACAAAGAAAUGAUCAGUCUAUAAUUUUUAUGGUAGGUUUAUUUGAACAGUGAGAGACAGAAUAACAACAAAAAAAUCCAGAAAAACGCAUGUCAAAAAUGUUAUAAAUUGAUUUGCAUUUUAAUGAGGUAAAUAAGUAUUUGACCCCCUCUCAAUCAGAAAGAUUUCUGGCUCCCAGGUGUCUUUUAUACAGGUAACGAGCUGAGAUUAGGAGCACACUCUUAAAGGGAGUGCUCCUAAUCUCAGUUUGUUACCUGUAUAAAAGACACCUGUCCACAGAAGCAAUCAAUCAAUCAGAUUCCAAACUCUCCACCAUGGCCAAGACCAAAGAGCUCUCCAAGGAUGUCAGGGACAAGAUUGUAGACUUACACAAGGCUGGAAUGGGCUACAAGACCAUCGCCAAGCAGCUUGGUGAGAAGGUGACAACAGUUGGUGCGAUUAUUCGCAAAUGGAAGAAACACAAAAUAACUGUCAAUCUCCCUCGGCCUGGUGCUCCAUGCAAGAUCUCACCUCGUGGAGUUGCAAUGAUCAUGAGAAUGGUGAGGUAUCAGCCCAGAACUACACGGGAGGAUCUUGUUAAUGAUCUCAAGGCAGCUGGGACCAUAGUCACCAAGAAAACAAUUGGUAACACACUACGCCGUGAAGGACUGAAAUCCUGCAACGCCCGUAAGGUCCCCCUGCUCAAGAAAGCACAUAUACAGACCCGUCUGAAGUUUGCCAAUGAACAUCUGAAUGAUUCAGAGGAGAACUGGGUGAAAGUGUUGUGGUCAGAUGAGACCAAAAUCGAGCUCUUUGGCAUCAACUCAACUCGCCUUGUUUGGAGGAGGAGGAAUGCUGCCUAUGACCCCAAGAACACCAUCCCCACCGUCAAACAUGGAGGUGGAAACAUUAUGCUUUGGGGGUGUUUUUCUGCUAAGGGGACGGGACAACCUCACUGCAUCAAAGGGACGAUGGACGGGGCCAUGUACCGUCAAAUCUAGGGUGAGAACCUCCUUCCCUCAGCCAGGGCAUUGAAAAUGGGUAGUGGAUGGGUAUUCCAGCAUGACUAUGACCCAAAACACACGGCCAAGGCAACAAAGGAGUGGCUCAAGAAGAAGCACAUUAAGGUCCUGGAGUGGCCUAGCCAGUCUCCAGACCUUAAUCCCAUAGAAAAUCUGUGGAGGGAGCUGAAGGUUCGAGUUGCCAAACGUCAGCCUCGAAACCUUAAUGACUUGGAGAAGAUCUGCAAAGAGUAGUGGAACAAAAUCCCUCCUGAGAUGUGUGCAAACCUGGUGGCCAACUACAAGAAACGUCUGACCUCUGUGAUUGCCAACAAGGGUUUUGCCACCAAGUACUAAGUCAUGUUUUGCAGAGGGGUCAAAUACUUAUUUCCCUCAUUAAAAUGCAAAUCAAUUUAUAACAUUUUUGACAUGCGUUUUUCUGGAUUUUUUUGUUGUUAUUCUGUCUCUCACUGUUCAAAUAAACCUACCAUUAAAAUUAUAGACUGAUCAUUUCUUUGUCAGUGGGCAAACGUACAAAAUCAGCAGGGGAUCAAAUACUUUUUUCCCUCACUGUAUAACUUUAUAGAUAGUUACUAUUGUCUAAUGCAUUACUGGAAGAAAAAAACAUUCAAUACUGUAUCUAUAGAAUCAUAUCAGAAUCACCAGUAUCUGAAGAUAUGAUGCAGUGUAAUGAAAUCUGUAUUCAAAUCUGUGUAUUACGUUUUCUGUGUUCCCCAUGCAGUAAAAACACACGACCUGCAGACACCAUCAACAAGCAGCAGCAGACCCUUAGAAUGCACAUCGACAUCCCCCGAGCCCAGCUGCUCAUAGAGGAGAGAGACACCAUGGAGACAGUCGGUGAGUGGACACUCUGAUACAUUAUGAUGCUUUCAUGUGUUCUCUGAAUUAUCGGAAACUUGGGACUGAAACUCCCGGAAAGCUCCCGGACAUGUCAAAACUCAUAAUGAGCUUCCAAGUAGGAAAUACGAGUGGGAAACUGGUGUAACAUUGGAUAACAAUAUGUAAAUAUCACAUAUCUGUGGCCUUCCAUGUGGUAGUAGUACCUACUGUGGCUAUUCUCAUCGUACUGUAGUGACCAUGUUUGUGAAAUGUUUCUCUCUCUUUCAGACGACAGGUCCACAGUGCUGCUGACUGACAAUGACUUUGGGGAGACUCAGAAACAGAAGUCAUCUACGGUUACCCACACCGUCCACUACCAGUCCCUGUCCCAGGCCACCGGACCUCUAGUGGACGUAUCUGACGCUAGGCCAGGAACCAGUAAGUCCAGUACGGACAUCCUCUUUACUUUACUAGCGGUGGAGCUAGAAUUAGUAAGUGUGAUAAGGAUUGCAUUCAUACAGCUGGAAUGUAUACAGGUAGAGUUGAUUCCAGACAACAGACUGGUUUUAUUCAGCUCCAGUCCUCAGAGAGUCAUCAGAAGCAUUAUGAACACUGCCACUACCAUCUCCACUGAUGUUGUUCACACUGAUAAGCAAUUACUUUCAACACAGUGGUUAUUGCUGUAAUAUUAUUUUAAAUUCUAAACAUGAAUGAUUAUGUAUGUGUAGUGCAUCCAACCAAAAAUGGACAUAUUUGUGGAGGACUGCAGUCAACCCAAUCAAACCGUUUUCUCACUGUUAUUGUAAGCUAUAUGUAUUUGUGUGAACACAAGAGGUCCUGAGAUUAACUCCAUGUGAGAUAUUGUGAUGGUGGGCGUUUUCUUUUUGUUGGUUUAUGUGAGGAUUGGGUGUCCAGCCGUCAUUGCUGUUGCCAGCUACACACUUACUGUCACCCUUAAAAACACUCAGUCAGCUUAAAAAAACAGGGCAUUGCAGUACUCAAGAUGAACCCUUGCUAUGUGACAUAACACCUUACUGUGAUGUAACGUCCUGUAACCUUCCUUGUCAGAUCCCACAGCCCGCCGCACAGCCAAAGCAGGCCCUGCCGCACGCAACCGCUACGCUAGCCAGUGGACCCUGAACCGACCACACCCGCCAGUCUCGGCCCACACCCUGAGCACUGACUGGAGACUGCCCACGCCACGGGUGGCCGGCUCUGUGGACAAGGAGAGUGACAGCUACAGCGUCAGCCCAUCUCAGGACACAGGUAACAAUGCACCUGAAGACGAGACAAGUCUGUAACAACCGCUGUAACAGUCCCCAUAUAUCCUGUAAUAUCACCCUUAACCAUAACAACACCUCUCACCUCUUUAAAAACAACAGAUCGGCCUACUAUAGAACUUUCAACCAUGCCAACAGUUUAUAACAAUGCUAAGGCUAGCGUUAGCCCCUAACUGCUCUACUAACACGGCCUCUAACCCUAACCCCUGGUGUAGACCGGGCACGGAGUAGCAUGGUGUCCACAGAGAGCGCCUCGUCCACCUACGAGGAGCUGGCGCGGGCCUAUGAGCACGCCAAGAUGGAGGAGCAGCUGCGGCACGCCAAGUUUACCAUCACAGAGUGCUUCAUCUCGGAUACGUCGUCGGAGCAGAUGACGACGGGUACCAAUGACUACACAGACAGCCUGACGUCCAGCACGCCCUCCGAGUCAGGCAUCUGCAGGUUCACUGCCUCCCCGCCCAAGCCUCAGGACGUCAGCCGAGUAAUGAACAUGGCCGCGCCCAAGGCUCACAGACCGGGUGAGGUCACGUAGACACAUAGCUAACUCAGCUGUAGCUGUAGCUAACUCUGAGCUCUGUCGCUAACGUUUGCUAGCCUUCACCAGGCUUGUUACCCUAAUCUUAACCCUAACCCUAACCCUAAAAUCUGACACAUACUUUCUUCAUAGAUAGACUGUGGGGUUAGUCUAUGGUCUGUUACCUGUAUGUAGAACUGUAGCAGAAUUGAAAAACUCUGUGUCGUAACAUUUCAAGGUAUUAUGUUCUUCAUAUGCCAAUAAAAACUAACAAACUGUAAUAGCCAUUUAAAACACAAAGCUGGUCAGUCAGACCAAACUAAUCAAUUCAGGGCCAUUUCCCUCUCCCUCGUAAAUGUCAGGCCAACCAGAACAUAUCCCAGGGUUUCGGGUUCGUAAAUAUUUACUGCUGAUAUAUAAAUGUAACUGUUCUGAAGCUAAUGGUCUAGUAAUGCUCAGGGUUGCAAAAUUCUGGGAACUUUCAAUAAAUUCCCUGGUUUUCCCGAAGUCCUGGAUGGGAUUCCAGCAAACCUGGAAUCUUCCAACAAGGAUUUCUAGAAAACCAGGGAAUUUAUUGAAAAUGUUUGCAACCCUAGUAAUGCUAUAUAACUACUUGCAGCAACAAAUGUGGAGUUUUGCAGACAAUGAUUUGCAUAAAUUAAUGUAUUAAUUAAGGUAAUAUAUGAAUUACUUAAUUAAGCUUAUUCUAUUGACAAAACUCCAUUGCAGGAUGACCAAGCUUGAACAUUGAACCACUUAAAUCUGUUUGAGGCCACUUGUAGUCUGUGAGGUCCCUGUUUGAGAUCACUUGCUAUGAGGUCACUUCAUCUUAUAAAUUCAGCCUUCUUGUUUAAGUCUUCAUCUUAUUAAUUCUAUAUAGUUUUGGUUCAUUAUAGUUAUAUAUUUUAUUAAACUCAGGCUUUGUAGACUUUACUCAGAUACAUUUGUAAUGAACUGCACUGGGGGGGGGGGGUUAAUGACAUUGUAAAAUAUUGCCAUUUCAUUUCAUGUUGGUCAAGGCCUAAUUCAGAUGAAGAACACAGAGAAUAAUGAACCACUGAAGUAUUCUUUGGCAUAUUACCUCAAUAACCAGACAAAGCUCAGCUGGUAGAGCACGGCGCUUGUAAUGCCAGGGUAGUGGGUUCGAUCCCCGGGACCACCCAUACACAAACAUGUAUGCACGCAUGACUGUAAGUCGCUUUGGAUAAAAGCGUCUGCUAAAUGGCAUAUUAUUAUUAUUAUUAUUAUUAUUAUUAUUAUUAUUAUAAAGCAGUAUACUUUAAUAGACUGUCAGAAUCUAUGGAUGACUUUGGCAUAUAAGCUACCCUAGUUUUGUGGGUUGGAGUGGAAGAUGUGAGGAGCUUGUAUCUCACCUAACCUUUCCCCCAGGGGCAGUCAUUUCUCUUUACUGAAGUGUUUUGAACCGAGAUUUUUCCAUAAUUCCACUGGCCAUAUGUGUAUUCAAUGGGUUUGUUGUCCAUAAAACAAAAUGCAUCAUAACUAACUCCCCUCUCUUUCCUUCCUUUGUCCUGUAGGGGGCGAGCUAGUGCACCUGCCUCCUUACCUGCGCAUGGACUUCCUACUGAACCGUGGAAUGUCAUGCUCGGGCACUGGAGGGAGGGGUGGCGCGGGGGGGGAGGGGGCCAUGGGCCAGGCCUGUUUGGAGCCCCAGAAGAGUCGCUCCCUGAAACGGCCGUCACGCAUGGCGCCCCCUACUCCCACAGAGGCCCCCCAGGCCAGCAGCAGGGCCAGCAGCAGGGACCCAGUGGCCCAGUGGCAGCCUGGCUCAGCAGCCACCCUGCCCCACAGAGAAGGCUCAGAGCUGGCCCAGGCCGCCAAGCUUAGCACCUCCCAAGAGUCCCUGCUGGACUCACGAGGACAACUCAAACAGACCAACAACCCCUACGCAAAGUCCUACACGCUGGUA